GAGAGAGAGAGAGAGAGUUCUUCUCUUUGCAGAUUUCAGAUAUUCCUCUAUUUUAUAUGUGCUUUCCAGAACAUCUCUUGUGGUAUCCACUACUUGGCUUCUGUGUUCAUGACAGUGUCCCCCUACCAUACCUGCAGGCCCCCAGGCAACGUGAGUCGGGUUCUUUUCCACAAUAUCUCUAGUUGGAGGUUGGAGGACAUCUGGAUUCUGUUUUUCACAGGCCACGAAGAUCACAUUAUAGUGCAGCUACAGAACGGUGAGGUCUGGGAGCUCACAAGUUGUCACAGAUUCCGGAGGGAUGACAAAUCUGGUUUGAACUAUGAUUACAGUGGCCGUAAGAGUAGCUUUCCUUGCAUGGAUGGCUAUGUCUAUGACAAGAGCAAGUGGGACAGCACCGUGGUGACUCAGUGGGAUCUGGUCUGUAACCGAGAAUGGUUCGCAAAGGUGAUCCAGCCUGUGUUUAUGGUGGGAGUCCUGCUGGGAGCGAUGAUUUUUGGCUACCUUUCUGACAGGAUAGGAAGACGAUUUGUCUUGUGGGCCACAAGCACUGGCAUAUUUUUAUUUGGCCUUGCAGCGGCGUUCUCAUUCGAUUAUUACAGCUUCAUGAUCGCACGCUUUCUUCUCGCUAUGUCUGGAAGUGGCUAUCUCGUGGUGGUGUUUGUCUAUGUGACGGAAUUUAUUGGCAUGAAGUCUCGGACGUGGGCAUGCAUCCAGAUGCAUUCCUUUUUUGCAGUUGGAACAAUGGUGGUGGCUUUGACAGGCUACUUUGUCAGGACCUGGUGGAUCUAUCAGAUGGUCCUCUCCACAGUGACUAUCCCCUUUGUCCUGUGCUGUUGGAUACUCCCAGAGACACCUUUUUGGCUUCUCUCAGAGGGAAGAUGUGAAGAAGCACAAAAAGUAGUUGAUACAAUUGCCAAGUGGAAUAGGGCACGCUCCUGUAAGCUGUCAGAACUGUUGUCACUGGAUCUAAAUGGUCCCGUUGGUAAUGAACCCCUUGAAGUUAAGAAGCACAACCUGUUAGAUCUAUUUUAUGACUGGAAUGUUGGAACAAGGACCCUUACAAUUUGGCUGAUUUGGUUCACUGGGUGUUUGGGAUUCUACUUCUUCUCCUUGAAUUCUGUUAACUUAGGAGGCAAUGAAUAUUUAAACCUCUUCCUCAUGGGUGCAGUGGAAAUUCCUGCCUACAUCUUCAUGUGCUUGGGGAUGGACAGUAUAGGGAGAAGAAAAGUUCUGGUGUUCUCCCUUAUCUCAGGUGCACUGCUCUGUGGUGUCAUUAUGGUGAUCCCCAAGAAUUACUUUAUUUGGACUGUGGUGGUGACCAUGGCUGGAAAAUUUGCCAUAGGGGCAGCGUUUGGCCUCAUUUACCUUUAUACAGCAGAGCUGUAUCCAACCAUGAUGCUCGCAGGUAGAGCGAGCAUGGUGAGUCAGGCGGGGAAGCAUCAUGGCCCGAUUCUGCUUAUCGCCAUCUUCUCCAGCAUUUGGAACUUCCUACCACAGUUGCUUGUUGGGAUUUUGGCCUUCAUCAGUGGAGUGCUGUCACUAAUGCUUCCAGAAACCAUGGGAAGGCCUCUGGCAACGACUUGGGAGGAAGCUGCUAAACAGGAUACAGAAAAAGAUAGUUCAGGCAAAUUAUUUCCCACAACCAAUAAUACUGCAUUGGAAAAAAUAGAAGUGAUUGACUCAGGGGUUUCUGGUCUUAGUGAAUAA